AUGAUUUUGAAGAAUAAUGGUGAAUUUGCGAAUCUAUCACUGAGCAAGUUUAUUGAAAAACUCGAAGUUCAAGAGAUGGAACAACGGAAGAUGGAGAAAAUGAAGAAUUCUAAUGGUGAACAAGACGUUGGUUUGUACUACAAAGGAAGUACGAGUGAUAAGACCAACAUUGCACCGAAGAUUGAAACUGCAUUUAACACAAACAGUUCUUCUGGAGGGUCAUCUCAAGGAUCAAACAACAAUAAUAGAUUCUCGUCAUAUCUGUCAUUUGAUCCAAAAUUUUCAGCAACCAAGAAUGUUGCUCCGCAUCAACAACAAGCGCCACAAACUUCACAUGCUAGGAAGGAUCUGAUCGAAGAGCCAUCAAAGAAAGCAUAUCUAGUUCAUCAAGAAGAUGAAAGGAUUCCACAGGGUUUUAAUUGGGAUCAUUAUGAUCCUAACAGAACUUCAGAGUCUAAAGCAUUUGUUGCUCAAAUUUAUGAAGAUUCAUCUGCUGAAGAUGAAAUGGCGUAUGCUUAUUACGAAUCUCAGCAAUACAGUCCCAAAAGGAAGAAGAAGAACAAGUUUCAACAGAAGAGGGAUAAUUUGUAUUUUGCAGGAAAAAUGGAAGAGAUCAAACCUGAAGAGAAUGUUCAAGUGAUAAAGAAGCAGGUUAAAGAAACUCCAGCUAUCAAGGUUGAGAAGGAAGCUAAUACUGAAAAGAUAUCUAAGAAGAUUUAUCCUACAGUCGAAGGCAUGGAAGCAUUUGAAGAGAAGAAACCUGAAGUAAAGAAUACCGGGACAAGUUCUGAAGAAGAGACAAAGAGCUUAUUCUGGAAACAGUCUAACAAGGAGUUUCUUGCUGAAAAACAAAAGUUUGAGAAGAUUGUGUUUGAAGCUAAUCAGAAAAAGGAGAGAAGAACGUGUUAUCAGUGUCAAAAAGUUGAGCACAUUGCAUGGAACUGUCCAAAGUCAACCCAAACAAAACAGGAAAAAUUUGCUGAGAUCCAAAUGCUUCUGGAUCACCACUUCGAAGAGGCUGAGCAAAAACACCUGGACUUCCAGAAGAUGUUCCUGGCAAAGUACAAGAAAAUCAUCUCUCUCGAGAAUGAGAUCAACCUGGUGAAGAAGGAGCUGGCCCUGACCCAAAUUACAGCUCAGCAGGAGAAGGAAGAGGUGAUGGAAGGGAACAAGGAGGCUUGGAAGCAAAAGCUGGAGGAGCUGGAUGAUGAAGAAGAAGCUGAGGAGGUCCUGGCAAUUGAGGCUGGUAGCAGGGGGCAGAAGGAUCAAGUGGAAGGAGCAGCUGUGUGA